AUGGAGUUUGCCGGUCAACAGCUGAUGGUCUCGCUUGCUCUCGGCCUGGAAGCGGGCGGAUGGGGCGCCUUGGUGGAGCGUACGAGCGGCGGCAGCGGCGGCAUCCUCGGCCACGGCGGUUUCACCGGUCUGGCCGGGCUGGCGCGUCGCUGCGGCGUCUGCCUGGCGACGUUCCCGUCACCGUGGCUGCUCGAGCGUCACGCGUUGCUGCAGCACGCCGGCCAGACCAGCGACGAGAAGCCGUUCACGUGCGAGCAGUGCGGCCAGCGUUACCGCUACCGUUCCGCCUACGUUAAGCACCGCGAGCAGAAUCAUCGCGCGCGUCUUCCCGCCGACAAGCUCUUCACCUGCGACGUUUGCGGCAUGCAGUUCAGGUACCUAAAGUCAUUUAAGAAGCACCGUCUGAAUCACGCGCUCGAGCGGCUGCAGCGCGCGCCCGAGCCGCAGAGCAGCGUCGUCGUAGUCUCGGCUCAGGCCGAGCGAAGCGAUCAGGUCUCGAGCACAGGCGAGCCGUCCCAGGUUGAGACCGGAAGUGACACAACGACGAAUCCGGGCGACGCCGAGGAGAUACGCGGCGUGUUCUCCGAGAGCGUUCGCGGCGACGAGAGCGUCUCGGAGACCGCGAGCGUUCAGGAGAAUCCCGGCGAGGCGGUGGAGGUGCAGAUAACGGAGACCGCCACCGGAACUGCUGGCGUCGGCGGUGGCGGUGGCGGUGCUACCAGUAGCGAGAUCGGCGACGUGGACGACAACGUCGUCGACGACGAUCGGCACGAACCUAGCGAGGCGAUGAUCAGUCUGGCGCGUAGCGCGACUCGCGAGGCCGAUCGUCGCGAGCGACGUUUCGCCUGUCCGUUUUGCGGUAAGUGCGUGCGAUCCAAAGAAAAUCUGAAGCUACACGUGCGCAAGCACACCGGCGAACGGCCGUUCGUUUGCCUGUUCUGCGGCCGCGCCUUCGGCGGCAAGAGCGACCUGACGAGGCACCUGCGCAUCCACACGGGCGAGAGACCCUAUCACUGCGAAAUGUGCGGCAAAUGCUUCGCCCGGGCUGACUACCUCUCCAAGCAUCUCACCACGCACAUUCAUCAGCGCUAA